ACUCUGCAAUGCAAUGCUGCAAGGCAAACGCAGAUUCCAUUGGAAAUGAAUGUACUUCUGGUGUACCAAAAUGCAAAAGACUGUCGAUGUGAUCGAGGCGUGACUGCUGCCCCUUGCGUAUGCUAUCACAGGCAAGUUGUCGGAGCAGUUUCUUCUUUCUGUGAUGUCUACUGCAUUGUGUUUGCUUUACUGCUCCAGGCCAGGCACCUUUGGAGUCAACAGCCCUGCCUUGGUUCGACACUUCAGCCUCAGUGUACAGAGAGGGAUGUACAAGUAUGUGAAUGCCAAAGAGCUUCCCCUUGAUAUGAGGUCCAUCACAGACCGAGCUGCUCAGACUCUCCUGUGGACAGAGCUCUUCAGAGGAUUGGGGAUGACUAUGAGUUACCUUUUCCGCGAGCCCGCUACCAUCAACUACCCAUUUGAGAAGGGUCCCCUGUCUCCUCGUUUCCGUGGUGAACACGCUCUGCGCCGGUACCCCAACGGAGAGGAACGUUGUAUCGCCUGCAAGCUGUGUGAGGCUGUCUGCCCUGCCCAGGCCAUUACCAUUGAGGCUGAGACACGUGCAGAUGGUAGCAGGAGGACCACUCGCUACGACAUCGACAUGACCAAGUGCAUCUACUGUGGCUUCUGCCAGGAGGCCUGCCCUGUUGAUGCUAUUGUGGAGGGUCCAAACUUUGAGUUUGCCACGGAGACCCACGAGGAGUUGCUGUACAACAAAGAGAAGCUACUGAACAAUGGAGAUCAGUGGGAGUCAGAGAUUGCUGCCAACAUACAUGCAGACUACCUCUAUAGAUAGACCAUCGUACUGGCAAACCAACCUAACUACAUAUACUAUGCAUACCGUAAACACUAAGACAAUCUAAUGUCAAUUAAUAUUACACAAACAAAGCAAUAGAUCAUACUUUUAACAGAGAGAGCCAGUAGGCCUAUUGUCAAAGGCAAAUAAACACAAGUGUAAAAGUGCACACACAAAUUGUACAUUAAUCAUUAUUUGAUCAGUGUAUACCUCAUGCACAUUUUGUCCAUUAACAAAAACUUUUAAGUAUUAUAACUGUAGAUGAAAUUGUAGGUUAUGUAUUUGUAUGAAGAAAAUAAAUUAUGUUCUGAAGGCCUCUUUGUGUACUCUUCA